AUGUCUGACAAAGAAAGACUCCACAUGAAAACUUCGAUCGAGUCGACGUCCAGCGAUGUAACAGUGUUGUCAGACUACAGUAGUACGCUGCCAGAAAACCUUCCGACAUGGACCAAAAAUCAAAAAGCACAAUCCUUCGGGCUAAAAUCCCUCACCGCUCUCUACACUCUUAUCCUCACUAUCGUCGCCUUCAUCGUCGAAAUCUCCCCCACAUGGCAAUCAGACUCCAUGCACAUCGAGUACACAAUAUUCUGUGUUCUAAUGUAUUCCAUCGCAAUUCUCUACUUUAUUUAUCUCUACACAGUCAUUCUCUACCCCAUCGUAUUCAACACAAUCCUCCUGUACCUGGAGAGAAUCCACGUGUUGAGCGUUCAUUCUGUCAAGAGAUGGGUCCGUCCAGAGCCAGUGUUUACUGGAGAAGGAGCUGGAACAUUGUACUUGAGAUUGGGAACUUUAUUAUUCGGAACACUUGGAAGUGUACUAUGGGGCUCUGAAAUCUUCCUAUGCUUCUUCACAGAAACCCGUCAUAACAUCUACGUUGUCAAGUACAUAUUCGCAUUUGUCUUUACCUACUUGCAAAUGCAUUUCCUUUGCUGCAACUCUAAAAUCGAUCUACCCAAGAAUAGCUUCAUCGCUUCAUUCGGAAUGAUGCAUUGUAUCGCUGUGAACCUUUGGGUUUGGUUCUCCCUAUGCCUCGCGAAAGCGGUAUAUAAAACUAACAAGAAGACGUUGAAGCUCCAGGCAAAUGAGGAGAAGUGGAAGAAGAAGAAUAUGACAGAUAUGGUAACAGAGGCAAUCACAACUACAGUAGCCUACGUGUUGGAAGGAGAGGGAGAGUUCAGUGCCAGUGAGAAGCAGCUGAGAUCCUUGUACAAGCUGGGUAGUGCUGCCAACUUUUUGCUGACCACACUUGUCGAGUUUUCUCUGAUCGCCGCUGCCGUGUAUUUCAUCAUUUGGAAACACGAGGGAGAGGAGAAUCCACAGGAAGCGAGGAAGAAACAUGUUAGGUUCGAUUGCAAAUCCACCUCGGUUGGAAUCUUUGCUGCCCUGGUUCUCCUCAUCGGAUCCUUCGUCUCCAUUUCCAUGCACUACAUCUACAACAACAGCGACAAGCCACGUGCCGCCGAUGAAGUCAUCGGAAUCGCCGAAACUGUACUUUUCUGUGUGACCCUCCUGGCUGUUUUUGCCGCUUUCAUCAGAAUGCGCAAACUCCAGUACAGAUUACACGCUCAUGGACAAGUGGUUGACGAGAUUCUGUUGAUUGUUGGGUUAGCUGGAGAGAUUGUUUACUGUAGUACAGGAUUGGAUUUAUAUGUCAAUGAGAGACUAGAGAAUGUAAAAGGAACGACUUGUCUUACUGUAGUGGCAUUUGUAUGUAGGAUUGUGCAGGUAGUGGUGCAGAGUAUAUUUAUCUUAGUUGCUUCAUGGUUGCGUAGCUUAUCAGCUAGUAAUAUUGCUAAUCAACCCGGCAAGCAGAUAAUCACAUUUUUAGUUGUCUGUAAUAUCAAUUUGUUUAUUUAUCACACUUUUGAAACGAUCGAAUCAAACUUUGGAUUCCCGCACAAAAUGGCGUCCGUCUACUCGGCGCUCCUGAAUAUCUCAUCUCCUCUAGUGGUGUUCUACAGAUUUCACUGUUCAGCUUGUCUUGCGGAAAUCUGGAAACAUGCGUAUUCGACGAAACAUAAUCAUAGUCAUAAUCAUAAUGUACAUCACAAACCGUUAGAAGAUCAUCAUAUUGCUUGA